CAUGUCCACAGCCUUUGGAGAGUUUAAGGUUUCGUAAGUCAACUUAUCAGUGAAGCUCCGGCUUUACUCACUGCUACAGUUUUUUCCCCUUCAAAUUUUCUAUAAUUAAUACUAAUAGCGAGUGGUUAACUUAUGUAUUUAGAUUCUUCAACACUGUCCUGCUAGUGAAUUUAGACUGAAAAAGAAAAAAAUGAAGUUGGUACCAAGAGAAAUAGAGAAAUUGAUGCUCCAUAACGCUGGAUUUCUUGCUCAAAAGCGUCUUGCCCGUGCCCUACCUCUUAAUUAUACUGAAGCCGUUGCUCUUAUUGCAACUCAGCCAGAUUCGUUUUGAUGUAUUUCAUUUUUCACGAUGACAAGGUAUUAGAAUUUGUCCGUGAUGGAGAUAAGAGUGUGGCCGAGCUGAUGGACGUAGGGAGACAAUUACUGGGAAGGAGACAAGUUCUUCCAACUGUUCCUCAUCUCUUGGAUACUGUUCAGGUAGAGGGGACCUUUCCGGAUGGAACAAAACUAAUCACCAUCCAUGAUCCUAUAGCAUGUGAAAAUGGAAAUCUGGAUCUUGCUCUGCACGGUUCUUUCCUUCCUGUUCCUCCUCUGGACAAGUUUCCGGUGAUAGAAGAUAGUAAAAUUCCUGGUCAGUUGUGCUUUGGAGGUGGGUCGAUUGUCCUUAAUCCACACAGGAAGGCGGUAAUUCUCAAAGUCACUAACACGGGUGACAGACCAAUUCAGGUUGGCAGCCACUAUCACUUCAUCGAGGUCAAUCCAUCCUUGAUUUUUGAUCGAAGGAGAGCGCAUUGCAUGCGGUUAAAUAUACCUGCCGGCACAGCUACGAGGUUUGAACCAGGAGAAACAAAAAGCGUUGUUCUUGUUAGGAUUAGCGGCAAACAAGUGAUCAGAGGAGGUAAUGCUAUUGCUGAUGGUCCAGUUGAUGAUGCAAAGGUUAUGACAGUAAUAGGAGCUCUGACUGAAGGAGGAUUUGGCCAUUUGGAAGAACCAAAUGCAAGGGAAGGUGUUGUCGGAGAAGAAUCUUGCUUUUCUUUUUCAAUGUCUCAUGAGGCAUAUGCCAACAUGUAUGGCCCCACCACCGGAGACAGAAUACGUCUGGGUGAUACUGACCUUUUUGCUGCGAUUGAGAAAGACUUUAGUGUCUAUGGUGAUGAGUGCGUGUUUGGGGGUGGAAAGGUUCUAAGAGAUGGAAUGGGUCAAGCGUCUGGAUAUCCUUCAGCAGAAUGUUUGGAUACUGUUAUAACAAAUGCUGUAGUGGUUGACUAUACAGGGAUUUUCAAGUGCGAUAUUGGAAUUAAAGAUGGUCGUAUCUUUUCCCUUUGUAAGGCAGGUAACCCAGAUGUCAUGGAUGGCGAUACGAUAAUUGGGGUUAACACUGAGGUAAUUGCAGGCGAAGGAAUGAUUGUAACAGCAGGAGCUAUAGAUUGUCAUGUGCACUUUAUAUGCCCUCAGCUGGCAUAUGAGGCAAUAUCAAGUGGAAUCACUACAAUGGUGGGAGGUGGUACAGGACCUGCUCAUGGGACACGUGCAACCACUUGUACACCGGGGCCUGUGCAUAUGGAAUUGAUGUUGCAGUCAACAGACGAACUUCCCCUAAAUUUUGGCUUCACUGGAAAAGGUAACAGUUCCAAGGCCGAGGGCUUACAUGAAAUAAUCAAAGCUGGAGCAAUGGGCCUGAAGCUUCAUGAGGACUGGGGAACUACUCCUGCUGCUAUAGAUAUGUGCCUUGCUGUUGCAGAUCAAUAUGACAUUCAGGUCAACAUCCAUACUGACACCUUGAACGAAUCUGGAUUUGUUGAGCAUACAAUUGCUGCUUUUAAAGGUCGCACCAUACAUACAUACCACAGUGAAGGUGCUGGUGGUGGACAUGCUCCGGAUAUCAUCAAAGUUUGUGGUGUAAAGAAUGUCAUUCCCUCAUCAACCAAUCCCACACGUCCAUUCACUUUGAAUACUGUGGACGAGCACCUUGACAUGCUGAUGGUAUGCCAUCAUCUUAACAAGGACAUCCGAGAGGAUGUAGCUUUUGCUGAAUCGAGGAUUCGAGCUGAAACAAUUGCUGCAGAAGACAUUUUGCAUGAUAUGGGAGCAAUUAGCAUUAUAUCUUCUGAUUCACAAGCCAUGGGUCGAAUUGGAGAGGUGAUUAGUAGAACAUGGCAGACUGCCCACAAGAUGAAGUCAUUUAGAGGACCAUUGGACAUUGAUGGGCCAGACAAUGACAACUUCCGGAUCAAACGAUACGUCUCAAAAUACACUAUAAAUCCUGCAAUUGCUAAUGGAAUCUCUCAAUAUGUCGGAUCAGUUGAGGUAGGGAAAUUAGCUGAUCUUGUGGUGUGGAAACCAUCGUUUUUUGGGGCGAAACCAGAAAUGGUGAUCAAAGGAGGGGUAAUAGCUUGGUCAAACAUGGGAGACCCGAAUGCAAGCAUCCCAACUCCUGAACCGGUGGUAAUGAGGCCUAUGUUUGGAGCAUUUUCCAAGGCUGCAAGUACUAAUUCAAUUGCUUUUGUCAGCAAGGCAGCUCUGGAUGCUGGAAUAAAACACUCAUAUGGACUAAAUAAGAAGGUGGAAGCUGUAAGUAAUGUGAGAAACAUAAGUAAACUAGACAUGAAGCUCAACGAUGCACUUCCUGACAUCAAAGUCGAUCCGGAGACAUACACGGUGACCGCUGAUGGAACAGUCCUGACAUGCACGCCAGCUACUACUGUUCCGCUCUCAAGGAACUAUUUUCUUUUCUAGUGGUAACUGUUUAUACUCCAGUAGCUUUUGGUUGGGUACUUUUGAUAUGAGAUAUAACUGAACAGAUUUUCGUUUUCUCGACUUGCAUAUAAUGUUUACUAGGUUUCAACUGCUUCAUUGUUU